AUGGAGAGGGAGGCCCAGGUGCAGAAGCCUCAGUUAUCUGAGGUGGAGGAGAAGACUGCAGAAGGAAAAAUAGAGGAAGUAGAGGGGAUAAUAGAUGGUGAAGAACUUAAAGGGUCCCAAGUAGAAGAACCUGCAGAAUCAGAGCCUAGUCCAGAGGAAAGGCCAGCUGUAGCAGCAGAGGAGGGUACUGAUGGUGGUGUUGUGGUUGAGAAAGAGGAAGUGGAAUGGGAAGAGCAGGAACAGGGAGCAGCAGAUUUUGGAGGAGGUGUAAUUGAAAUUGAGGCAGGGAGAGAGAAGGUAGAGGCUGGAACAGAGGCACAGCUUCAGAAGGUUUUCAGAAAGGUGGAGAUCCCCCCAACCAACAAUACAGAACCGGUGGAAACGCAAAAGAAACCAGGUAGAACACAUGAGGCCAAUGACGUGAAUGAAAUUAUUGCCUCCAGGGACCAGAAUGAUCAGGGUGAACCAGCGAUGAGGAACACUGUUGAGGAGCUCCCCCCAACACCCAUUCUUGGCCUGGGUCUUGGAGACACUAAGGAACCAGUGGAGACACAUGAUGACUCCACACAGUCCAAAUUCCUGGGGCAGGAAGCAUGGAAAAUAGGAGCCAUAGCAGCAGCUUUCUUUCUUAUUCUGCAAACUGCCAUCACUAUUGUCUACAUCCUAAAGUGUAGGAGAAAGACGAACAGAAAUGCUGUAGAUGACCUUCCAGAGUACUCACAGGUGCAGCAAGAGGACGUUGCUAUGACAACCAUCCCACUGGACUCAGAAACAAACUUGUCCCAUGACCUCAGAACCUCAGUUGUUUAG